AUGAGCGACGACGUGGAAUACUCUGUGACCUAUGUGGACGAUCGUCCGGAGGAGGCCAAGUAUUUGCGUCGCGAGGGCGAAGUGAAGAUCACUUACGCUAACGGGGACACGUUCGAAGGGACUAUCGGUCCAGAUCUCCUGAAGCACGGUGAGGGGAAAUACACCUGGAAUCAGCGGGAUGCGGAGGGAGAACUGUCCGUUCUCGCGACUUUCGAAGGGACGUACGUGAACGGCAGCAAGAAUGGACUGGGGAAAAUGAUGUUUGCCAACGGAGACGUGUACCAUGGAGAGUGGAAGGCUGACAAGAUGACGGGUGAAGGAUCCUUCAUGUACGCGAACGGGGAUAUCUUCAGUGGCAGAUUCGAAAGCGGCAUCCGCUCGGGUAAAGACACGUACGAGUUCGCUGCUGACAAGAGUCUAUUCGUCGGAGAAUGGGCUGAUAACACCAUUACGAACGGGAAAUGGGUCUUCAAGGACGGAGGCUCGUACGUCGGACGCUUUGAGGAUGGGAAUCCCAUUGGCAACUGCAUGAUAAAGUUUCCGAGUGGUCUCCAGCAAGACGGCGAGUACGUCAAGGCCCAAGCGACUAAUGACGCUGGUGAGGAGGUGGCGGUGCACAAGUUCGUGGGUGGGAUGAUAGUCAAAGUACGUUAAUUCGUCGGCUAACAACCCGACUCAACAGGAGCGAGUAAUUCAUGAAAAGUAUAUGAUUCCAUUCCUUACAGCUCGCCUCUAAGGACAGAGCACUGCC